UCUUCUCUCCUGCUCUGUCCUUCUGGUACCUCAGACCAGGGCUACUCACCUCCUCAGACAGCUCAGUGUGUUCUCUAGAAGGGCUGUGUUACAACCUCUACUGGUGGUCUCCUCACUACAGAAGACAUGGACACCUGGGAACCCAACCUGGCUCUGGUGCGAUCCCUCCAUGUGGACAGUCCCCCCCUGGUCCCAGGGCAGAGCUUCAGCUACGUCCAUGGGGCCUCCUCAGUGUCCCUGCUGGGCCAGACGGUGGGUCAGAGUUUGCAGGCGGCAGCUGACCGCUGGCCCCACAGAGAGGCCCUGGUGUUCCUGCAGGAUGGAGUCCGUAAGACCUUCUCCCAGUUUCAGGAGGACGUUGACCAGGCCGCUGCAGGUCUCCUGGCCCUGGGUCUGAAGAGAGGGGACAGACUAGGAGUCUGGGGGCCCAACACAUACCACUGGAUCCUGUUUCAGUUUGCCACAGCCAAGGCUGGCAUCAUACUGGUGUCGAUAAACCCAGCCUAUCAGCUGAAGGAGCUGGAGUUCACCCUGGGGAAGGUGCAGUGUAAAGCUGUGGUGUGUCCCACCCAGUUUAAGACCCAGAGGUUCUGUGACAUGCUGAGACAGAUCUGCCCAGAGAUGGACACAGCAGAGUCAGGGGUCUUCAGGAGCUCCAGACUACCAGACCUGCGUAUGGUGAUUGUGACAGACAGCAGACAGACAGGGACUGUACAUGUAGAGGAUGUGAUGCAGGCUGGAAGCAGACAGCACCACCAGGAGCUGCAGGACCUGCAGACCAAACUGUCCUUCGACGACCCCAUCAACAUACAGUUCACAUCCGUAGGUCUCCUGUUGAAAGAAGAAGAAUUCUUUACGGCUGAUGUCCAGGACACAGACGACCCUGUCUAGGACACAGACGACCCUGUCUAGGACACAGACGACCCUGUCUAGGACACAGACGACCCUGUCCAGGACACAGACGACCCUGUCUAGGACACAGA